AUGGCAAAUUACAGAUCAAAUUCCUACAGCAGUAGCAGUGGACAAAUGCAAAUAGAGCCUUACAGUUGGACAGGCAGAGCCAUCGCCAGGCCUAAUGAUUUCAGGUCUUACAGCUACAGUGCGACUACUUCACAGUACUAUGGGAUGCCCACGUCGCCGCCUCUGAAGAUAAAGAAGGGGAAGAUUGUUGAUGGGUCAGCCAGCAGCCGAUCUUGGAGUGCUUUCAGCGACCCUGAAUUGCAGAGGAAGAAGAGGGUGGCCAGCUACAAAGUCUACUCUUUGGAAGGCAAAGUCAAAGGGUCCUUCAGGAAGAGUUUCAGGUGGCUUAAACAUAGAUACACCCAGGUGGUCUAUGGAUGGUAG